UCAAACCGCGGCGGCCAUGUUGUUUGUGCGGGGGUUGGGGGGGGACUUGAAGUCGGAAGAGACUACGACCGCUACCGACGCUCCUAUGUGUUGAUCUCGCCGUUUUAACGCGUCGUAGCUCUUUAACCGCUUCGCCAUGAGCCGUCCGUCCUCAGCAGGUGGUGCGGCUGGAGGACUCGGAGCGGGCAAAGCGGGAGGAAACAAACACGGAGUCUCGGGUGCGGGUGGUGGUGGUGCUGGAGGUGGAGGAGGAGGAGCGGCAGCAGCAGCAGCCGGAGUAUCGGGCUCUGUGGCCGGCUCGGUCCCUGCGGUGGCUGCCGUGGCCUUGACACACUCCGCACUAGGCGGCCAGUCUGCGGAGCUCACAGCGCUGUUCGAGUGUCCCGUGUGCUUCGACUACGUGCUGCCGCCGAUCCUGCAGUGUCAGGCCGGACACCUGGUCUGUAAUCAGUGCCGACAGAAGCUGAGCUGCUGCCCGACAUGCCGAGGGCCGCUCACCCCCAGCAUCAGGAACCUGGCCAUGGAGAAAGUCGCGUCCACGCUGCCGUUUCCUUGUAAGUAUGCCUCGGCAGGUUGCCUGCUGUCGCUGCACCACAGCGAGAAACCAGAGCAUGAGGAGGUUUGCGAGUUCCGCCCGUACACCUGCCCCUGCCCUGGUGCUUCUUGCAAAUGGCAGGGCUCCCUAGAAGCGGUCAUGCCCCACCUCAUGCAUGCCCACAAAUCUAUCACCACACUACAAGGUGAAGACAUUGUCUUUCUGGCAACAGACAUCAACCUGCCCGGUGCGGUGGACUGGGUCAUGAUGCAGUCCUGUUUCGGCCACCAUUUCAUGCUGGUGCUGGAGAAACAGGAGAAGUACGAAGGCCACCAGCAGUUCUUUGCGAUCGUGCUUCUCAUCGGCACUCGCAAACAGGCUGAGAACUUCGCGUACCGCCUCGAGCUGAACGGCAACCGCAGGCGGCUCACGUGGGAAGCGACACCGCGGUCUAUUCAUGAUGGUGUAGCCGCGGCGAUCAUGAACAGCGAUUGCCUCGUCUUUGACACCUCCAUCGCCCACCUGUUUGCUGACAACGGGAACCUGGGCAUCAACGUGACCAUUUCCAUGUGCUGAGGUAGCAGUCCCAACUCAAUAGCGUGGCUUUCCCAGGGAUUUACUGUUGUACCAAGACAGGGUGGAGGGCCGAUGAGAAAGAACAGCACGUCAGGAGAUGUAUACAUUUGUGUAUGUGUCCUUUUCAAGAAAUGUUCCUCGCAAGAUGGCGCAUAAACAGCUUCAGUCCGGGUUAAAAUCCAGAGCCUGGCCCUGUCUACAACAGGACGUCCACAGCCAACAUGCCAUGCGCUGUGGUCCAGAAGCUCGAGCCAGGCCUGACGACAGGCCUCAAAGAGUUUUUCAUAGCAUGGCUGCUUCACACGACAUACGUGUGACAUGAAAUUUUGCACUGACUUUUCAAAUCGAAUCAUGACUGUGUAGAUGCUAAAAAUGUGCAGCUCCAAGUAACUAAAUGGUGUACACGGUGGAAAUAAAGUUAACUUGCAACUUCACUUCACUGCACUUGUGAGCCACCAGGUCUGUCAAGCAAAUGCAUGACUUCUUUGCAUAUUCAUGGUUUAGUUGUGUUUAUAGAGUUUAUCUUUAUUCACAUCACCGCCACCAUCACAACCACCGAAUAAUUAUGGAAACUUCACCUGGUGUGAACGACGACCGAGCAGACAUUUUGCUCCAAAACCCUGGAGCCAAAGGUUUCCUUCAUUAAUCGAGAGAAAUAUAAAUACUGGCAGUUUGUCUCAACCUUUUUUCCAGCCAUAUGCUAUUCUUCAUAUCACUGAAAUAAAUCUCCUCACAAACUGUAUGUUUGAAUCUUGAUACUUGAAAGUUUUCGAACUGUGGUACUCGUCGUGUAUCGCCACGAUCCUAGUCCGGUUUCUGAUGACUGCAUGUAAACGGUACGCCAUCGGCUAACCGCUCUCGGAUGCACGUACGCCGCGUCGGAACGGUUCAGGGUUUCAGGAUUGCCUGUGAUUUUGUUCUCUACCUAAUUAUUAUUUUUUUUCUUUCUAAAUAAUAACAAAAGAUGAAAGUUUUUGUAAAUAUUCACAAAAAAAAAAAAAUAGUUUUGUUAUUUGCUGUGUGCUAUUGUUAUGUCUCUUUAAAUGGGCUGUUUGGUCUAGCUUGAUUUGUGCUCCAGCUUUUUAAACGGCAACUCCGAGAUUAUUUGGGACAUGGGUUUUUUUUUUCUUUUCUUCUUCUUCUUUUCUUCUAGGUGAAUCAACCUUGCAGCGCCUUACUUGUAUACAACCGCAACCUUUCAGAGUCCAUCAGGGCUCCUGCUGAAAUUCAGGUCUGUAAUCCAGGACUCUGAUUUGAAGAGCAUUAUUCUUAAAUAAUGGCAUUAUGGGGAACGAAGAACAAUAAAAACAUGUUUUAUAAAACCUCCACAACUCCACAGCAGUAGCCUAAACACAGAAAAACAGAAAUAAUCCCAAACCUCUACACGAAUACCUCUGAUGUCAAACACGUCUGUAAGUGGACUCGAUCCCUGGACCCUGGCGGUCUUCGGUUUAACAAUUCACUCAUCGUUCUCUGUCAUGCUUAUUUAAAUAUAGAAAUUUCAGUCUUUAUUGUUUCCUUUAGAACGUAAUGUGUUCGUGUCUGUCUUAAUGGGUUUGUGUUAACAUGGUGGAAGACUUUAAGGAAACGUUAAGGUUUAUAUCGUCAGCUCGUCAGCGUGCACCAUUUCCAAGCACGGUUUGAAGCCCCCGGUUGCCACGGUAACUCGAUAUCGUAGCCCGACGGAUAUUCAAGCAUGGAAGCGGUUUUAUAGGCAUUCAUGAAACCUACCAUGAUGCUAAAUUACACAAAAUGUCCCCUGAUGAUGAUGAUGAUUUUCCUGCUGAUCGGAUCCAUUUCUUCGAAAAUGACACGAAUAUCAUGAAGGUAUUUCUACCCCACACGAUACGUGACGCCUGUUAAUUAAUGUCUCAAUAAAUGACUUUAAACUGGGGGGAAAAAAAUUAAAAAAUUAAAUUCUACUCUAAUCAAUCCUGAUAUUAAAUAAAAGACUGUUUAAAAUUGA